UCGUUUCAGUGGAGCAAGAGAAGGGCUUCAUUCUCUCUCUCUCUCUCUUCCCGCCAAUCUCUGAGCAAACACAACUCGAUAGAAACCCUAGUAGCUGCCUGCAAUCAAUCUCCACCGCCAUCCCCCCGAAUCGAGUUUACUGAGAAAGAGUGUGAGAGAGAGUGAGAGGCUGCCUACUAUGGCCUUCAAGCAUGUAUUGACCGCAGCCCGUCGGUCCGGCUGCACUCUUUCGUCCUCUUAUCUUUACCGGACCGUCCGAUCCGCAUCCACCUCCCCGGCUGCUGCCACUUCGGUCGCCUCGCCCUCUGCUCCGCCCCACAAUGCCAUGAUAUAUGACGGCCUGGCCGAGGCAGUGAAGUCCAAGCUGGAGAAGCAGCUCGAGAACCUGGAUCCGAGGUUCCUCAAGUACGGCUCCCCCCAUCCCACCCUCGUGGACCACACCCGUAUCCUCUCCGCCCCAGAGACCCGCGUCACCACCACCCUCCCCAAUGGUCUCGGUGUGGCAACCGAGUCGAACUUUGCUGCCCGCUCAGCAACUGUUGGUGUCUGGAUCGAUGCUGGCUCUCGUUUUGAGACCACCGAUGACACCAAUGGCACUGCUCACUUUCUCAAGCACAUGAUCUUCAAAGGUACUGACCGGAGAAUGGCAAGGGAACUAGAGGAGGAAAUAGAGGACACGGGAAGUCAUAUGAAUGCUUACACUUCGAGGGAGCAGACAACUUAUUAUGCCAAAGCGAUGGACAAGGAUGUGAACAAGGCGCUUGAUAUUUUGGCCGAUAUCUUGCAGAACUCCAGGUUCGAUGAGAAUCGCAUUAACCGCGAGUGCGAUGUCAUUAUCCGUGAAAUGGAGGAGGUUGAAGGACAGACUGAAGAGCAAAUAAAAUCGGGAAGAAGGACAAAGCAAAUAGCAAUGCCUACAUUAAAUCAAUUGAUACGUCAUGGUAGAGAAGAAAAACGGCGUUCGGACCGCACUCGAGCUUUAGAUCAAUGUCCCCAGAAGCAAGGAGUAUGCCUGCGUAUUUCAACGAGAACACCGAAGAAACCAAAUUCAGCUCUACGUAAGAUAGCCAAAGUACGAUUGAGCAAUCGAAAUGAUGUAUUUGCUUACAUUCCAGGCGAAGGUCAUAAUUUGCAGGAGCAUUCGAUGGUCUUAGUAAGAGGAGGUAGAGUGAAAGAUUUGCCUGGUGUGAAAUUCCAUUGUAUUCGAGGAGUCAAGGAUUUGCUGGGAAUUCCGGAUCGAAGAAGAGGCAGAUCAAAAUAUGGUGCGGAAAAACCCAAAUCGACAUGAAUGGAAGAUGCCUGUGGAACUUGUUUUUCUCGGGUCUAUAUUAAUAGAGCUCGACUGAAAGGAAUAUGCCCCCACUUUAAGUUACUAUUUUUGUGUGGUCUCAUCUGCUAAUGGAGUCUUGUGUAAAGAUAAGAAUCUAAUUUUCAGCAAGCAUGAGGGAGCUCGCUGCGAGUACUGGACACGUUUUAUCGUGUUUUGUGGAUCGUUGUUUCGAUUGCAAUAAAUAUGCUGCUGCUUUCGCUGCUCAUA